UCCGCGCACAGCACGGCGGAUCAAAAAAGGAGGAGGUCGACGCCAUUUUAGCGGAGACAGAAGAGAAGGGAAGGAGUUGAGUGUUAGUCGUAGCUAGGCGAUACCUAACGGUGUAGAGUUGGUUUUACUUGCUUUGAUUGUCUCUUUUUGCGAGCCUCCUCUUUUAUAAAAGAGUGGGCCACGCGCAGAGUUCAUAUUUAUUCGUGGUUUCGAUUAAGCGGCGUGUAAUAAGAUGUCUGGCGGCGGUGUGAUUCGAGGCCCAGCUGGAAACAACGACUGCCGAAUAUACGUAGGAAAUCUGCCUCCUGAUAUUCGCACCAAGGACGUCGAAGACGUGUUCUACAAGUAUGGAGCUAUUCGAGAUAUCGAUCUGAAAAACCGAAGGGGAGGACCGCCGUUCGCAUUCGUGGAGUUUGAGGAUCCCAGAGAUGCUGAAGAUGCCGUGUAUGGGCGAGACGGCUAUGACUAUGACGGGUACCGCCUGAGGGUUGAGUUCCCCAGGAGCGGUAGGGGUGGAGGGCGAGGGGGGGUUGGGGGAGGUAUUGGUGCCCCCAGGGGCCGAUACGGACCCCCUUCCAGGCGCUCCGAGUACAGAGUCAUCGUUUCAGGGCUUCCACCGAGUGGGAGCUGGCAAGAUCUUAAGGAUCACAUGCGUGAAGCAGGUGAUGUAUGUUAUGCAGACGUUUUCCGAGAUGGAACCGGUGUUGUGGAGUUUGUUCGCAAAGAAGACAUGACCUAUGCGGUCCGAAAGUUGGAUAACACUAAGUUCCGAUCACACGAGGGUGAAACUGCAUACAUCCGUGUAAAGGUGGACGGCCCGAGGAGUCCGAGUUACGGACGCUCCCGCUCCCGCAGCCGUAGUCGCAGCCGCAGCAGGAGCAACAGCCGCAGUCGCAGCUACUCACCUCGCCGCAGCCGGGGGUCACCCCGCUACUCGCCUCGGCACAGCCGCUCACGUUCCCGCACCUGAGCGCCAUCACAGCUGCCUCCCGUGCAUUGCUCUUCCAGAGGACCUGCUGUUUUACAUCACCCCACUUUUCCUGUUUCUUUUGGUUUGUUUUUUACCCUCUUCUGGUUUUUAUUAAAGGUUGCUCCAGAUUUUUUCCCCAUUUUAUUUUUUGCAAUUCAUUCCCUCAGGAAUUAAUUUGGCAUGUGGUUAUGAAUCCUCUUCAUUAUUCAUAUUUGCUACCUUUCUUGCCAUCCCUUCUUGCCAUCCUGUCUUCUCCAGCAUAUAUUUCAUUUCCACAGGUUAUUUAGUCUCUCUUCCCGCCCCCACCCCCCUUCUAAACAAAAGCAGGGCCAUAGUUAAAUGUACUGAACUGUCAUAAGGUUUUUUUUGUGCUUGAGUUAUGUUGAUGCAGGGGAGGGGUGGGGUUGGACUUUGCUGGGAGAAUGGUAAUUGUUGCAAAACUGUUCAAUUUUAUUUUUUCAUGUCUUUCUAUAGACAUCUGACGAGCAGGAUUAAACAGUGCUUUGGAAUAAAGGAUUGUGAAGCACAAUUCAUUCAUAUUAGGAUUAUCAAAGCGUUUUUGGAAGGAGCUGCAGUCAGAUCAUUGGAGGCAAUGGUAUGACAGCAAGUGCUUCAGUCACCUUUUACCACUUGGCAGUAUUGAUAAUUACAGAAACUAUCCAUAUCACUUGUAAAACCUCUAACCCAACAAUGGUUUCAUUGGUUAAGAAUUCUUGAUGGCACAUUCCCCACUGAUUCUGCCGAUCAGUACUGCUAAGAAUGCAUGAUGUUUGGUAUGACAUUGUAGCAAUGCUUGUACAUUAUCUGGUACAGGCAUCAACUUUUUUUCUGUUAAGUAUAGAUUUUGUUAAUGUGCCCCUUAUUGAAAUUUAUAAUUUCCCAGAGCAUGUUAUGCAAAUUUGUAGUUUUUCCAG